AUGCCUCUCUGGGUUAUUUACCACACGCCUGAAACAUUCGUUGACAAUGCGUCACGACAAGCUUUUGCCAAAGACAUCACCACUAUGUAUACUGGCAUCGGUCUACCGGCAUUCUACGUUAUCGUGAACUUCGUUCCAAUGCCAACUGGAACGAUGUGGAAGGGGGGAGAACUUCCCGACAAGCCGUUUAUAAGAAUCUCUGUGGAGCAUAUCGCGGUCCACCUCGAAAAUGACAUCGAGCAAUACCACCACACUACAGGUGUCAUGGAAAAGAUUAUGAAACCGCACAUUGCAGACAAGGGCUAUAGCUAUGAAUAUCAUGUGGACGAGACGGAGAGAACGCUUUGGAGGGUCGAUGGCUUCAUUCCUCCUGCUUGGCAAAGCGAGGCAGAGAAGGAAUGGGCGAAAUUGAACAAGGCGGUAGCAUACGAAGCGAAGGAUGGACAGAAAGAACAACAGAAGUUACUCACUCGAAACCAGGCUCAUCCCAACUAG